AAACUAAAAUUCAUUUCCAUUUUCUUUCGAUACACAACAAAUGCAUUUCUAAGUUAUCGCUCUUCACACUUUCCACACUCACUCCCUCCCUCCUCAUUUCUCCCUCUUUCUCUGCAUGCAAUUCCCGUUCGUCUCAAUUCGCCGGAAAUGACGAACAAGGGCAAAGCAAACGGAAAGGGUAAAGCUCCCGCCGGGAAAGAUUCCGACGGAAAACGCAAGCGCGGUUACGACGAUGACAAGACAGGCGGCCUCAAGAGGAAGAAUCGAGGAGUCGUUCAGUUCUUCGAUGAAGAAGCAGCUGACAUCGACGAUAGCGAAGAGAGUGACUACAGUGAUUUGAGCGAUGAUUCUUAUGAAGAUGAAUUUGAGACUUUGUCAACAAGGAAUGUGUCAGAUAAGGGUCAGAGUAGCUUCCCAUUUUCCCCUAAACAGGAGCUUGUAGAUGAAGUAGAAUAUGAUAGAAUGGUGGAAGAACGAGUUGGUUCUAGGUUUUACACUUUUGCUGGUGAUGAUGAGUUUGAGGAUAAACCAAUGGAUCAGAGUUCUUUACAUCAUGCUCUUAAGGAAUCAGUUCCAACCAUAUGGAAAGUUAAAUGCACUGUUGGACGUGAGAGGCUUUCUGCUAUCUGUUUGAUGCAGAAGUUUGUUCACCUGAAAUCACUUGAUACUAAAUUGCAAAUAAUAUCUGCCUUUGCUGUAGAUCACAUGAAAGGAUAUGUUUACAUUGAAGCUGAAAGGCAAUGUGAUAUAAAUGAGGCAUGUAAAGGGAUAACUGGUAUCUAUGCUACUCGGGUGCAACCUGUUCCGAGAAAUGAAGUUUUUCAUCUGUUCUCUUUUAAAAUUAAAAAACCCGAAAUUUCUGAGGGCAUGUGGGGUCGCGUAAAAGCCGGUAAUUACAAGGGGGACUUAGCACAGGUUGUAGCAGUGAAUAAUACGCGCAAAAAAGUUACCGUGAAGCUGAUUCCAAGAGUAGACCUACAGGCUCUGGCUGCCAAAUUUGGUGGAGGAUGUCGCCAAAAAAACUCGGUACCAGCACCAAGAUUAAUCAGCUCCAGUGAACUUGAGGAGUUCCGACCUCUGAUCCAAAUUAGACGUGACCAGGACACAGGCAAGGUUUUUCAGGUUCUUGACGGCUUGCUCCUCAAAGAUGGAUAUGUAUAUAAGAAAGUACCUCCUGAUUCAUUAAGUUUUUGGGGUGUUGUUCCCACUGAGGAGGAGCAAUUAAAGUUCGGGUCUUCCGAAAACAAUGAAUCAAAUGAUAUGGAGUGGCUCUCUAAUAUUUAUGGUGACACAAAGAAAAAACGGGUAAUAACAGCUGACAAAGGCGAUGGCAAAGGAGAGGGCUCAUCAGGUUCAGGAAAAGAUUUUGAAUUAUUCGCUCUUGUGUGUUUUCGCAAAAAGGACUUUGGUGUGAUAAUAAGCACGGAUAAAGAUGGUACUUACAAGAUUCUACGAGAGGGUUCAGAAGGACCUGCUGCUGUAACUGUUGAACGAAACGAAAUAAAAAGUGCGCUGUGUGAUCUUAAACUUAGUGCCCAAGACCUGCACAAUAAGACUAUAAUUGUUAAUGAUAACAUUAAGGUUCUGGAGGGUCCAUCCCAGGGUAAACAAGGUGUAGUUAGGCAUAUCUAUCGAGGGAUUGUUUUUGUGUAUGAUGGAAAUGAGGAAGAAAAUGGUGGUUACUUCACAGCUAAAGCUAUUAUGUGUGAGAAAGUCAAGCUUGCUGUUGGUGAUUUCAGUGGAACGGGAAAGGAUGGUGAACCAGGCCCUUUAGUCUUUGAUGAUCAACCAUCAUCACCAAGGUCACCACUGUCACCGAAAAAGCCAUGGCAAACAAGAGAAAGUGAUCGCCAGUUUAACCGUGGGGACAGUGACAGCUUGUUUGCUAUUGGCCAGACCUUGAGAAUUAGGAUAGGUCCUUUGAAGGGCUACCUCUGCCGUGUCACUGGCAUACGCCGCUCUGAUGUUACUGUGAAACUAGAUUCUCAACAAAAGUUUCUUACAGUUAAAUCCGAGCACCUUUCUGUGGUUCAAGGGAAGAGUACUGCAGUGUCAACAAGUGAUGAUCCAGAUUCGAGUUCAUUGAAGCCAUUUGAUUUGCUGGGUGGCGCUGAAGGCGGUUCUGGAGGUUGGAUGAAUAGUAAUGCGGGAACGUCCACCGGAGGCGGUGGAUGGAAUGCGGGAGAAACCUCCACCGGAGGCGGUGGUUGGAAUGCUGGACAAACCUCCACUGGCGGCGGUGGUUGGAAUUCUGGACAAACCUCCACUGGAGGCGGUGGAUGGAAUGCUGGAGAAACGUCAGCUGAAAGGAGUGCAUGGUCUAACCCUUCAGCUCCAAGUUCUGUGCCAGGGUCUACCUCGGAUCCCCCCAGCUCUCACGGUAAUACAGAAGAUAACGGCUGGGGCACUAAAAAUACUUCAACUCCAAAGCCCUCGUGGGGUGCUGCAGAGAACACGCGAGUCACAUCUGAGCCUGAUCAGUCUGGUGGCUGGGGAAAAGGUGGAGGCAGUUCGGGUCAGGCAGAGCUUAACGACGAUCAGAAUACUGCCUGGGGCACUACAAGUACUUCAACUCCAAAGCCCUCAUGGGGUGCUGCAGUGAACACUGGAACCACAUCUGAACCAGAUCAAUCUGGUGGAUGGGGAAAAGGUGGAGGCAGCUCGGGUCAGGCAGAGCUUAAUGACAAUCAGAAUACUUCCUGGGGCACUAAAAGCACUUCAACUCCGAAGCCCUCAUGGGGCGCUCCAGUGAACACUGGAACCACAUCUGAGCCAGAUCAAUCUGGUGGAUGGGGUAAAGGUGGAGGUAGCUCGGGUCAGGCAGAGCUUAAUGACAAUCAGAAUACUUCCUGGGGCACUAAAAGCACUUCAACUCCGAAGCCCUCAUGGGACGCCGCAGUGAACACUGGAACCACAUCUGAGCCAGAUCAAUCUGGUGGAUGGGGAAAAGGUGGAGGCAGCUCGGGUCAGGCAGAGCUUAAUGACAAUCAGAAUACUUCUUGGGGAACUAAAAGUUCUUCAACUCCGAAGCCCUCAUGGGGUGCUGCAGUGAACACUGGAACCACAUCUGAGCCAGAUCAAUCUGGUGGAUGGGGAAAAAGUGGAGGCAGCUCGGGUCAGGCAGUUCUUAACGACAAUCAAAAUACUUCCUGGGGCACUAAAAGUACUUCAACUCCGAAGCCCUCAUGGGGUGCUGCAGUGAACACUGGAACCACAUCUGAGCCAGAUCAAUCUGGUGGAUGGGGAAAAGGUGGAGGCAACUCAGGUCAGGAAGAGCUUAAUGACAAUCAGAAUACUUCCUGGGGAACUAAAAGUACUUCCACUCCGAAGCCCUCAUGGGGUGCUGCAGUGAACACUGGAACCACAUCUGAGCCAGAUCAAUCUGGUGGAUGGGGCAAGAAAAGCGAAUGGAGCUCGGGAAACAGUGGAAGCCAAGCUUCAGAUGUGAACAAAAGUAAAUGGAAUUCUGGUAAUUCUGAUCCCCAAUCUCAAGAUUCAAAUUGGGGAAAGAAAAGCAACUGGAAUUCUAGUUCUGGUGGUGCAAGUGAAGGCACUAAUUGGAGUAGCAAUGAAGGUCAAAAUGAAACUUCUAAUGACGGAGGUGGGGGGAGGGGAGGUUACCGUGGUAGAGGUUCCUCUGAUAGAGGUGGCUUUAGAGGUAGAGGGUUUCGGGGUAGAGGAGAACGUGGGGGCUUUGGUGGUAGAGGUAGAUCAGAUAACGAAGGUUUUGGUGGUAGAGACAGAGGAUUCGGAGGAGGCAGAGGCCGUGGAAGGAAUGACCGACCUGGUGGUUGGAACAAUAGUCGCGAUUCUGGCGAGGAUGGAUCCUCUUGCUGGAAGAAUAAUAGUGGGUCUGGGGCUUGGAUCCAGAAUAGUGGUGACAAGAAGGAUGGAGGGUGCUGGAGCCAUGAAAAUGCAGCAGAUAAGGAGCGUUCAAGUAAUGCUGGAGGUGGGAGUAAUAAGCCGUGGCAGAGCUGGACUUCAGCAAGUGAUGGAGCUAGCGGUGGUUGGAACAGUGAUGGGCCAGGACAGGGGACAGAGGAUAAAGGCAGUGCUGGCUGGGCAAAGGGAACGGAUUCUGGAGGGGCAAAGGGAACAGAUUCCGGAGCUGGAUGGGCAAAGGGAACGGAUUCCGGAGCUGGAUGGGCAAAGGGAACGGAUUCUGGUGCUGGAUGGGCAAAGGGAACAGAUUCUGGUGCUGGCUGGGCAAAGGGAACCGAAUCUGCUCCAGAUAAGGGUCAAUCUUCUAGUUGGAAUGAAUCUGCAGCAAAUGGUGCUGCAGGUUCGUGGGACAAGAAAAAUGACAGUGGUAGCAAAGGUGGAUGGUAAUUACUUUCUAGAACAUGUUAAAUGAACCAAAGUAAAUCAAGCACAGUAGUUUCUUGCUGAUUUCAACCAUUUUUGUAAAUCCACACAAAUCUUUCUGCUGGAACUUGAUGUCCAUUAUGGUAACUUUAAAUUAUCGUAAACAGAUCUGAUGAAUGACUAACCCUUUCUGCUAUGUUUUGCAAUGAAUGUUCGAUAGAAUUUGGUGCAGUUGUGUUACUGCAUUUUUUGGGGGUUGGUGAAAUACUUUGUUCUCUUGUGUUUGUAUUUGACUUGCGUUGUGUUUUUUUCCUUCUGGUGAAAUGUAUAUUGUUGCGCUUAUUUA